CACACCCCACACCCCACCCUCCCUUCCGAGGCUCGAUCUCUCUCCUUUUGGCGCCUCCCCCUUGGAUAUCAGUCUAGCUGUCCCACCAGCCCGUAGCUCCGUGCACUUUUACUUGCACCAGCACGUACUCUUUUCUCGAGUCUUCGUUCGUCCUUGCGUCUGUCUGUCCAGUCUGUCUGUCUAGUCUGUCUGCAUCGAAGCGCCACAGUUGUAGAAAACCGACAGACCAACAACGACGACGGCCAACGGUCAACGGCGCACACACACAGACAGCCAGCCAGCCAGCCAGCAAGCAAUCAAGGAAGCAAGCAGCCAAUUCGAGGGUCGAGACACACACACACACACACGCACACUCCAGUUCGAUCCCACCCGACACGACCCAACCUGCCAACCCUGCUCGGCUUUCGUUAACCUGCAGUCGUUCGUUUCAAGCCAGCCAGCCAGUGCGACCACCUGUUCGCUCCCUCGCUGAUCCCCGCCUACGCCUGCAACCUGCUGUGCCGUGCUGUGCUAUACUCCGCCCGUACUCUUCUGUACCUUAUAUUUUAUUCGACCUUUUAUCAUACUGCCUGCAUUACAUUGCAUGCAUGCAUGUCGUGUCCGGUCCACUGGCCAGUUCGACACAAUCUGCCCUGCUGCUGCCCGGCUGCUGCUCUGCAUGGCGCCCAUUUCGCGUCUGUUCUGCAACGGAUCCAACCCCUCCCCCUUGCUGUUGUUGCAGUCGCUGUCGUUGCUGCUGUUGCUACUCUUCCCUCGCCCGGCCUGUGGCUGAUCUUUGCUGAUCUUGCUGCUACUGCUUCCUAGUAUCCCAGAUCGCUAGAGUUUCGCCCCGUACCCCGGGGUAGCGGUAGCCUUUUCGCCCAGGCACCGGGAACCUGGGACGACCUGACCUGGGAUCUGUAAUUGGGAUCUGGGACACCCCCAUCUCGAGUCAUUCGGUAGUGUCCCGUCCCCGACACCAGACGAGCGAGAUCAGCGAAGGGGAAGGGGCUUGCCUGUCUUGUCCUGUCUUGUCUUGUCUGCCUCACACACCCCCAAGUUUCCCCAGUUGGCGUGGCGCCCUCGAGCCCCCUCGAACCCUCGCCAGCCAGCCCGCCAGCCAGCCAACCAGCCAAGCAAGCGCCUCCUCAAGCUUAUUACCCUCUCGCCUACGGGGUACACUAGGCUCGUUCGAUCGACCGGUUUUGACAGCUUGACGGGAGGGACUGACUGACGGAUCGACGAACGGACGGACGGCCUGCAUGCGCGCGGCGCAGCCCUCGCAUUACACACUCUUCUCGGUGCACACAGACAGGCACAGGCACAGGCACAGGCACAGGCAUACACCGCUGGUGCUGCACUCACUUGCACCUGCAGGUGGUCCCGUACCGUACCGGCGCAGGUACUGUGCUGAUACUGCGACAAGCAAGCAUAGCAUAGCAGACACCACCCUCCCGCACAGCCUCCAAGCCGAGCUAUGCAUCAGAUGCACCACCAAAUGCACCAGAUGCAUCAUCCCGACCCUGACUACGACCAUGACUACGACCUUGACCCCGACCCCCCAAGGAGGAAUACCCGCCGCCAGCGACCAGACCUAAACAUAAAUACAUUCGCUGCUGCCACCGCCGCCCGCCCUGUCGACCCGCCCGGCCUGACAACCCCCUUGUCGCCGCCCCCGCCCCAUCUGCCCUACAAGUCCUCGUCCAGGAGCCUGCGAUCCUCCUCCGCAGCCCUCGCCGCCGCCGCUGCCGCAUCUACUACAUCUGCCGUCACCGCCUACGCCGCGCUCGAGAGGGAUGCACGACACGCCGACCCGGAAAUUGGCACACACGACCCGGAACACGGUUGGGCCAAGCACGCCCGGGACAAUCACCGAGUCUUCGAAACCUUCUUUGACCCGCUCUCACCCGACGACAUGACGAGCAAGGAAGAUGAUUUCCCAGCUGAAUACGACCGCGACAGGGACCACCAACCGGGCAGCAGCCCCCCCAGUGCCACCACACCCCCUUCCGCCCGCCCGCAGCCCCGGCCGCGAGACUCCCACGACCUCUCCCUCUCCCCCCGAAAUGUCACGCGCGACUCGCUCCUGGGGAACAUGCUCCUGUCCCUCGACCAGUUCAGCAUGGGUCAGAUGAAUUGCGCCCAGGCCGGUGGGGCCCAGCGCACCAUGUCUGGCUUCGCCAACGAGUCGAAUAACUACUACGACGACGAUGCACCCCCCGCCGCCCGAACAAUGACCAGCACCUCGAGAGCGCCGCCCCGGCGAGGCCACGGACACUCGUACAGCUCCGACUACGAGGACAACUCGAGUACCCUCUCCAGGGGCCAGCGCAGCAACAGCGGCUCCACCGGCUUCCAGUCAAACCUGGGCAGGAUCGGCAGCAUGCGCGAGCUGUCCAGCCACAGAAACACAAACGGCGCAGCACAAGGGUCGAGACCGUUACACUCGAGAGGGGGCAGGGGCAGCAAGAGCAGUAGCACAAACAGCAUCGACGCAGGAGGCGGCUACGGCAGUCAGCGCCGAGCACACGGGCUGGGAUCGAAGCGCUCCUCGAGCUUCGAACUCGCCCGCAGCCCUCCUUUCGGCGUGCACUCUGACCUCAACAACAGCAACAGCAACAGCCACCAGCAGCGACGAAAUCAAUCGCAUCACCACCAGCAGCACUCGCGGCGGCCGUGGCAAUUGGACGCCGGCGACGAGGACGACUAUGACGCCGCGCCUACCCCAACUGUGCCGGUCGGACCUCGCCGGCUGCCCAACAUGCCGUCAAUGCCGUCCUUCCACCGGCCCGAGCCCAUGGGCGAGCCCCUCUCCCCUGUCCGCUCCAUCAAUCUCGAACGCAAACGCAGCAACAAGUCCUCACGCAGCACAAACACCAGCCGACAGGCACAGGCCAGGUUUAAUUCUCGUGAUGCACCUCCUGUCCCCUCUGCGCCCGCUGCCCUUCCCGCUUCUGGGCCCACGCUCGACCUAGAUUCCGCCCCGGCGCCACACGUUGGCUACGAGAAGGCCAAAGAGCCCGUGCACCACCCGCCCGCCUCAAACUCUGUACCGCAGCCAAAGGAAAAGCCCGGUUUCUUCAAGAGGAUGUUUGGCGGCGGCUCAAAGAACAGCGUCGUGGCCGCCUUGGAUCAAUCGGCCAACUCGACCGGCCUGUCCAAUUCCUUCAACAAUUCCAUCCCGCCUGCCGCUGCCAUGGGCAUCAAUAACUCCAACCAGGUUUCAUCACAGUCCAAGUCGGGCAGCAACCCGCCCUCGCGGGGGUCUCAGAGCCACUCCUCCCAUGGCCUCCAGAAGAAACCCUCUAGCUUCUUCCGACGACGCAAGAAGUCCAUCUCCGUCGCCGAUGCCGACCUCCCCCGUGUACCACCCUUGCUCUCCGCCCCCACCAUCUCCCCGGUGCAACUCCCCCCAGCCCCACAACAUCUCGAAGUACUCACCCCGCGCGGGCAACCAAGCCCCGUCACCAGCCUCAGGAAGGCGAUGGACCCGUACCUGACGCACUCGGGGCCAUCAUCAGGAAUGGCAACACCCCGUCAGCCGCCUGACGACUUCUCCCCGGUGCAUCACUCAGAAUCCGAUGGCAGUCGGUCGGCAGACCGGCAGGUGCGAAGCUUCUCACCCGACUACGACCCGGACCCGAUGGCGACGAUACGAUCAGUGCCGUCCGACUCGAGGUCGAGGGACCCAAGUACUUCCGCUACCAACGGACAGAGAGGGACAACUCCGUCGGGAGACCCCCCGAGGCCAUUCUACGGCUACGAACGUGCCGGCUCCUUUUUGCACGACAGCAGUGGGAGCGAGGCAAGCCCUCCAAGGAUGAGAAAGCCAGAGUUCCAGUCGACCGUCAACGACUCCACCACAUCUCGAAGCGACUUGGGCCGCGCGUCACUGGCCCCACUUCAGACUAAUCAGCUCAUGUCCCCAUCAUCGAUGCGGGACAAGAAGAUGGACAGGCUCACCCAGGACAGCCUCAGUACAAUCAAGAGCGAGCGUCACACCAGCCUGCAGCUCCCAAUCGAGGGCGCUCUCACAGACCCGAAGCUGCACACACGUGCUUCAGCAGCUAGCAUUCCCAGCCUCAUGGUCGAAGACUCGGAACCGAACUCGAAGGUGACUACCCCGAAGCCGGACCUCAACCCACUCGACGAGCCCUACUUUGUAGUAGGCGACCCGACCGAGGAUGACAAGGCCAAGGCGCAGAAGAUCUUUGAUGGCAAUGAGGAGUUCAUACUGAAGGACAAGGCCGCGUCGUGGAUGGGCGAAGAGGGCUUGAUCCGGCAACGAGUCUUGCAGGCAUACAUGGACCUCUAUGAUUUCAAGAACAAGAGCAUCGUGACAAGUCUGCGGGAUGUGUGCAAUCGCUUGGUCCUCAGAGCAGAAACCCAGCAGGUCGACAGGAUAUUGGUGGCAUUUUCCGCCCGUUGGUGCAGUUGCAAUCCGAAUCACGGGUUCAAAUCCACCGACGUCAUCCAUACGAUCUGCUACUCCAUCAUGCUCCUGAACACCGACUUGCACAUGGCCGACAUCGAGCAGAAGAUGACCCGCAGCCAGUUCAUCAAGAACACGAUGACAACGAUAAUACAGGCUCUCGGCGACUCUGUCCCAGAGAUAUUCAACAAGAGGGGCAGCGUGCUGCCAGGCAAGGGGCUCCAUCUUGAAGACGGCGACAUGCCUACCGAGCAGGAGCGAUCCAGCUUCCGCAACUCGUUCGUCAAAUUCCCCAUGCGAGCUGGGUCAGCGCUGGGCGAUGCGCCAACUGAAGUCGACGACUGCGGUCCUCUGGUCAAGAGCCCCUUCGAAGGCUCGUUGAAGGCAUGGGAACAACAGAUGGAGCACGUACUGAAGGACACGUAUGUCUCGAUCAGAGACGAGCGGCUGCCGCUGUUUGGGGCCGAGCAGCCUGCGCUGGAACAGCAACAUUCCGGCCUAUCUGUUAUCGGAAUGCUCAAGCGCUCGCCCAGUGUCCUCAGCAAAGCCCCUUCGGAGAACCCAUCCAUGCGUGGCCGCGGCCCAGACUCGAUGCGCGCGAGCAACUCACGCUGGUCCUCCAAGAGCAGGUCAAGACCACGUGGGUUCGGCAGCGCGGGUUUCUCUUCUAGCAGAACAAGCUUCGACGAUGGCCAGUCGAUGUGGAGUCCUGUUGAGUCCAAUGCAACCUGGAGCCGGGCUUCCCUGGGUAGAACUCAGACGUCCAUGUCCAUGGACUCGUUUGGGUCGCACUUCACGCGUGGCGGCGGCUACCAGCAGUCCAUUGGCUUUGCCAAUGCUCUGAGCCAGGCCAUUAUCCGGGAGGACCCCACAGGCAGCGUUCAGUCCCUCGUGAGCGACGAGCUGAAACCCACACAGCUGCUCGACGACGAGUCGCUCGAGCUCGCCGGGCCGCCAUGGGUCAAGGAGGGCAUGGUUGUCCACAAGCAUCACCUCGACGGCGUCGACAAGAAGGCCAAGGAACGUAACUGGUCCGAGGUCUUUGCCGUCAUCCAGAAAGGUACCGUGAGCAUCUUCUCCUUCACGCCUAACAAGUCCACAGGUCGUCGCGGUCGCAACGCAUCGAACGUGAAGAAGGGCGGAGUGGUUGGCGGUGGCAACUGGCAAGAGAACGCCACCUCUCUUGGCUCGUGGAGUCUCCGGCUGGCUCUCGCGUCUGCUCUGCCACCGCCGGGGUACUCGAAACAGAGACCCCAUGUGUGGGCCUUGUCUCUGCCCACGGGUGCCGUGCACCUGUUCCAUGUCGGCACCCCGGAGAUAUGCAGAGAGUUCGUCACGACUGCCAACUACUGGAGCGCCAGGCUUAGCACGCAUCCCCUGACCGGCGGAGUGUCGAACAUGGAAUAUGGCUGGAGCGAUGCCAUCAUCAACAAUGCGCUCGUGACGGCCAUCAACGAGAACACAGGCGCCUCGGCAGCAGCAGGUACCACAACGGGCGGUCGACCGCGCAGCAAUAGUGCCGUUGGGCGGUCGAGCAUGCACUCGCGCGGCAGCAGCUUCCGGUCGGUGGGCUCGUUCGACUUUGGCAGCUCAAGCACUCGGGGCGGCGACCCGUCCAACAAGCUCCCCGGCGACCGGAUCACCAUCUCGGAGUGGAUGCCGCCGACGCAGUCGAUGCGGCCCUCGAACUCGGGCGAGAAGGAGCAGCUCGAGACGCUGCUCAACUACGUCAAGAGCAUCGAGGCGGAGCUGCAGCAGCACAACUCGCUGCGCAGCCCCAUGCUGCUGGCGUUCAGCCCGCGCGGGUCCAACGUGCAGAAGGCCAUGGCCAACUGGGAGCGCAAGAGCAGCUACCUGCUGCGGGAGAUUGUCAAGUUCAGGACGUACGUGGACUGCCUGCAGCACGCCGAGGCGCGCAAGGCCGAGAUCUGGCGCGAGCGGGAGGUCGCGCGGCGCGCGGCGCGCGGCAGCCUCGACCUCGAGGACGACGCCACCGAGGACUACCACGGUCCCCGGCACGACUGGGACGGUGACGACGGCUGCGGUAGCGACCGCGAUAGCCGGGACAGCAUGGACGAGAUGAUGGACGAGCCUGUUAUCGAGGAGGGGGAGGGGGAGGCUACUCUCAAGGCUCGGUCGUGAUGGCCGGCCCGGCCUGACGCGACCUGGCUGAACAACGGGGCCGAGCUGAGUGGGUGCUGCGUUGGGAGAUUACUGCGACCUGACGGGAUAACGGUUUCGAGUCCCGCGUUGGAAUAUCAUUCACUACGACCCGGCUGGCUCACCCACCCACGAAAGGGCCAAUCAUCCAAGGAGGGGAUGGACUGGAGAGAGUAUCCCCAAACGGCAUCAACUGUACAACAACUAUGAAAAUAAAAAGCACGAGGCAUGCUUGGCCUGGUCCUGUCCACGCAAAACAAACGAAAAGCUUGAGGGACGCGCGACGGAGACGGGCGCGAGGCAGGCAGGCACGUUUAUUCUUUUUUCUCUGCGAUGCGAUGCGAUGCGAUGCGAUGCGAUGAUACCCCCCUUUUUUCGCUUCCUCUUCUCCCAGACCAGGCCAGGCCAGGCUGAGGUGGGGUGGUUUGUUGGUUUCUGGCUGGGGCGGGGUGGAUGAAUGGAUGGAUGGACGGACGGAUUGAUGGGCGGAUGGCUUGAUGGAUGCUGUCUUAAUAAGAGUGGUUGGUGGUAGUGUUGAUGGAUGUACACGGACGGAUGGACUGACGGACUGCCUGGUUGAAUGUCACCCAGCCAGCACUGCCAGUAUGAGAGGUGUGGGGGCAGGCCGUCUCCGUCCGUUGUUGAUAUCGGGGGCGAGGCUUGCAUGCUGUGAUGUGUAUUUUCACAUGCCCAGGUGGUUGGUUACUUACUCACCCUACCUGGGUACUUAAAACUCUGUAGAUUCAUCGUGUUGGUUGCAUGUGGGAGAUUCAUAGCGUGGCGUGUGGGAUGGACGGAUGAAUGAAUAUAUUUGGGUAUGAUGAUGUGUGUCAGCUGCCGGUGGUGUUGAUUGAUGUGUGUGUGUGUGUGUCCCCCGAGCGGGCUUUGAUGCUGGUGAAUGAGUGAGUACUCCGUCACUACCUAACUAACUAACUAUAGUGGCGCCCCGGGAUAGCGGUCCUUGUUCCCGUCGUCUAGCUUCUGCUCGUUUGCUUGCUUUUGAUCACCGAACCCUCGUCGAAUCAACCAAAACCCCCCGGUAUAACCAAACACCCCGGCAGAAAACAAAAAAAAUGGAAGCAUCCACCUCCUUUGGCGCCACGAACACUUGGCAUUGUCACGCAGACAGCCAUGGCACACGUCCUUUUGGUUUUCGGUCGGUCUGAGCGGGAUGAUUCGGAGGGUUUUGAUGGCAUCUCGCCCCUCCCCCUCCCGGGGGCCGGAAGGGCCUACUAGAAGAGCGCGAGCUGCCAUGGUCGAGCCCCGUGCGGCCUGUCGGCUAGCCGGGGGCGGGAGGCUGGCGGACUCGGGCCGUAGGGGGUUUUCUCGCGGGGCUGGGCUGGGGUUCCUGCUGUGGUUGGCUAGUUGUUGCUCUUGCAUCUGGAGUUAUUCCGCGGUCAGUGGCAGGUUCCUGUGGCUAUGCGGUGGUUGCGUUGGUCUUACUUGCAUGGUGUUUGGGAGGGAUCAACCAUGUUGUUGUUGUUGUUGUUGUUGUUGUUGUUGUUGUUGUUGUUCAAGUCCCAUGCCUAGAUAGGUACCGGAUGUAUGUGUGUAGUUGGAUGAAGAAUGGAUGAGGUUUGCGAGGGGGGCCGGUGUGAUGGCCUUUUGGAAAGGGUGCUCGGGUUUUGAUGUUGUGAGUGCGUGCUGACCUUUUUCGUCGUGGAGAGCGGCUGCUCUUGGAGGAUAAACUUGGGACACGACUAUCAAGAGCGAUUCAACGGAGGAGUGACGGGAACGACACGUGCACAUCGAUGCGUGCCGCAGCUCUCAGACGGCAUCAUGUCAGGGUCCCUGGCCAUCCACGCAGCGCCAGAGCCGUCGUGCCCGUGUCGAGCCCGUCGACGCAGACGCUUGAGAUGAGCUCUACGCCCCCAUUGUUUGGAGAUCUGGCCCGCCCAAAGCUGAGGUUCCUUUGCGAGAUUCCAGAGGUGGAAAAUCAGGGGAAGCUGAAGGGGCCUUGUCGUCGAGGAUUAAAUUUUGAAUGGCGUUCUAUCCAAACAGCCCGCUCGAAAUUGUCGCGGCUGCGUCCCACUUCGUCUAUCUGUGAGCUGGUUUUUCGUGUGGUUUUUUACGUCUGAUGUGGCUAAGGACGUAUUGUGUGGAAUUUUGACAGGAACAAAACCAGUUACGCGUGAGGAUGAGCUCCAGCUCGACGCCACAGAAGACGUCUGACUGUUUGUACUGGCCGAAUCUGAGACCAAUUCCGAGAUUAGCUACACUGAAUUCCGACGAGAAUUGUAAAUCAGAUAACUUCGUUCUCAAAUUUUUUAUUCAGGUUGUAUCUCCAAGUUCGCU